UGGGUGGACACUGGGGGCACAGUGGGCUGGGGGUCUAGGGGCCCCGGUGGCCCUAGGGACCCCCAUGGCCAUGGCUGAGCGGCCACGGCCCGGCUGGGCCUCACACGCCGGCUCGAGCAACAACUGCCAGGACCUGGGCAACUCCAUCCUGCUUCUGCUGGGGCUCGUCGUCUGCGUCAACAUCGCCGUCAACAUGGUGACGCUGCUCUGGCGCAGACUCCGCGACUUCUUACGUCGGGUGUUCCAUAUUGUUUAUGAGAAAGAAGCUUCUAGGUCAUCCGCACCUGAGAAGCCGACCCAGCCUCCGAAACAGAGCGCCCCCGCAGUCCACCUUCGGUGCACCAUGGACCCCGUGAAAAUGACCGUGACCCCCCCGCCCACUCGCCGCCAUCGCCACAGGGGCUCUUCAGGGCGCCGCGGCCACCGCCCCGCAGCCUGGGCCCCCGACACCGACGACGAGAAGCCCCCGCGUCGGCACCCAGCAGUGUGCUCCCACAACUGGGGUCACCCCGAGGACUGGGAAGUCUUUCAGUCCACCCAGGGGCUCUGGGCUCCCUGGGCCCGGGAGGCCAUGGAGCCCCUUCCCCACGCCAUCCGCUUCCAGCAGACCGUAGAGGGGAGUCCCCUCAAAACAGAGAUGCGGUCAGAGCUGGGCCUCGAGGCCUACGUGUACCCCGUGAACCCUCCACCCCCCAGCCCUCAGGGGCUGAGCCACGACAACUGUGGGCCGAGCGCAGGGGCGCAGGCCGAGCCAGAGCAGUGCCCCCCUGCCCCUGCAGCCCCGCCCCCUGCCCAGGGCCCAGCAAUUGUCCCCGACGUGCCCCGGCGCCCGUCCUCGGGCCGCGUGCUGUAUGACGCCCGUGACGUGAGGCGGCGGCUUCGGGAGCUGACCCGCGAGGUGGAGGCCCUGUCACACUGCUACCCCCUCCUCUCCAAGUCCAGCGACGCCGAGGGCGCGGGCAAGGACUGGGUGUACCACUCCCUGACAGAGAGACACCCAGGAUCAACCUCAAGCCGUCGGAGGCUCCGGGCACCGCACUCCCGCGGGGACAUUUCAUUACCACGGAGUCAGCCUGGCCCAGCGGAACCUCCCCGCCUCCUCAGCUUCCCGCGUGAACCCGUCAGAAUAUUCCAUCCACAGAGAGCAGGGAAUACCAGGCCCGACCCCACUGCUAGACACUUGGGCUCACGGGCACACGCGCCCACAUACACGUGCACACGCCCGCAGCCGAGGGAAGGGGAGCCACGGGAGGGGGGGAUGGACGGGCCCUUCGUGAGUCACCUGCUGCUCGGUUCGUUUGAAAGCGGGCUCCCUUCAGCGGCUGUGGGCCUACUAGGUGUUUGGAGGCUGGAAGGGAAACACCCGUCUGCUCUUGCUUUUAUUUCUGCUGAGCUGCUCCUCAAGCAAACAAGUGACCUGAGGUCCCCAGGGCCCCACUUCCACGGACCCCCAGUGCUGAGCCUGGUUUAAAAGGCGGCUCCUUUUGUCACAUGUAUACUGUAAUCCAGAAUUACAUCUAUAUUGUGCCUUGC